AUGGCCGCAACACUACCAGAAACAUUCGAUGACCUACCUGACAAGCGCCGGUACUGGCCUGCCGCGCCAGGAUCCGAAGAAGAAGGCUUGGGCAUGCUGCGUCUACUGACACCAGCGGUAGUCGCAGAUGCGGCACGAACACAGAUCCAGACGGGCGAGCGAGUGUGCCUGAACUGGGACAUUGAGAACUUGUCUCCGCCAGGUACCUCCCAAGGAAGCCCCCAAGCAGUGCAUAUAUCUCAUGUUAACAAAACUCCAGGGUUCGGCCGCAAGCCAUUCGAACACCGCAUCAAAUGGGUAGCCGAAGGAGUCGCCUUCGACGACGAAUACCACUUCAACCCCCAGCAAUCCUCCCAAUGGGAUGGACUGCGACACCACAACGCACCAGCCCCAAGCCCCGAAGAUCCCAGCCGUCGCCUCUUCUAUGGCGGCACAACAGCCACCGAGAUCAAAGACACCAACUCCCCCCGCAUUGGCAUCGGCUUCUGGGCGAAAAAAGGAAUAGCAGGCCGCGGCAUCCUUAUCGACUACGUAUCCUACGCCAAGAAAAGAGGAAUUCCACUUAACGCACUGACCCGCCAAACAGUCUCCCUGGACGAGGUGCAAGAAAUCGCCAGAGAAUGCAACAUCACCUUCCAGCGUGGCGAUAUCUUUUUCCUGCGCGUCGGGCUCCCGGAUACCUGGGCUGAGAUGUCGGCUGAGCAGAGGCUGGAAUAUAGUCAGCAACCCAUGCCUCAGCAUGCUGGCAUUGAGCAGAGUGAGCGGGUAUUGAGAUUCAUGUGGGAUAAUCAUUUUGCGGCGGUGGCGUCAGAUGCGGUGAGUUUUGAGGUUUAUCCAGCUGUCAAUGAGGAGUUUGAUUUGCAUCAUCAUCUUUUGGCUGGUUGGGGGAUUCCAAUUGGGGAGAUGUUUGAUUUGGAUACGCUUGCGGAAACUUGUGAGAGGCUUGGGAGAUGGAGCUUUUUUGUUUCCAGUAGUCCGUUGAACUGUGCGCGGGGGGUUCUAGUCCCCCCAACUGCAUGGCUAUUUUCUAGCUGA